CGACUCCGGGGCGCGGGUAUAUAACGGUGGGAACUCCCAACGACUUUCCAGUGUUUAGUUUGCAACUCGAAUAGUUCUGUUCUAUUGGAAGUUUUCCUUUUUCAGGCAAUUAUAAUAUUUUCAAGACAAAGAUGUUCUCCAAACAGCUGGUGCUGGCCAUGUUCCUGGUGAUGUUCGCGGCCACGUUCCUGGACCACGUCGCCGUCGAGGCCCGUUACCUGCCCACCCGUUCCAACGGCGAAAGAAUAGACAAGCUCAAAGAGUUGCUGAGAGAAUUGUUGGAGAACGAGAUCGAGAAGGACGAGCUGGGCGACGUGCCCAGAUGGCAUCCGGAGAGCAGGACGUUCUACAAGAGGGAGGCGAAGCCCGCCAACUAAACCGACCGACACUCACCCACCCCC